CACACUCUCGCUUUCUUUUUUUCUGACAUUUCCCUUUGACAUGAGGCUCAAGAUCAUUUCUCCAUCCCAGGCGUCAUUCACAGCCCUUGUUUCUUUUUACCUCUUCACACCUGCUGCAGGCUUGGGUUACUCGGCCGGAUUUGUUUUCAAUGACCUUCUUGCACACCCCCAAUACCAUGUGCAGUUUCUGGACGAGCUCGUUCCAGUAUCUGCUGUCGGCGUCGAGAGAAUGCGACUCGGAAACAUGCAUCGUCAGCAGCUUGUGAAAGACAUGCCUCAAAUUGAAACUGCCAAGCCCGAGACACAGGAUCAGAAUCGAGGCAAAAGUGACAAGGAAUCUCCUAUACGUAGCGUGGUACCUGCUUCUAGCGUAAUUAUGACCGAUACUGAUGGUCAGCGCUGGACCUGCUCCAUCCCUGAGGCGCACAUUGAAGAAGUCAAAGAAGAACCUCAGAAGACCCCUCAGGAGUUGAAAGAGGAGAAGCAGCAAAGUAUCAGGCGAGGGUUGGCACUCCUAGACCAUUUGACAGGUCGUUGUCUCUACAUGAUCUAUGGAUAUUGGACUUAUGAAUACUGCCAUAAGAAGCGCAUCCGACAGUAUCACGCACACAACGUAAAUGGGAAGUGGGAGCCGACCAGUGAAGCUGCGACACAUGUCCUUGCAAAUUACCAGCCUGCGCAAUCUGAGAUUCAGGCACAACCAAACAAUGGCGAAUCUAUAGGGCGACAAACAUCAGCAUCAUCAAAAAGGCGUGUCGCCACUUCCACAGAUCUGGGCGCAAGCGACGAGCGGAAAUACCUCGUCCAACAUUGGGACUAUGGUGAAAUCUGCGACCUCACAGGCGUACCGCGAAAGGUUGAAGUUCAGUUCCAAUGCGCCAAUGUUGAUGAUCGCAUUCAGCAAGUCACUGAGCCUUCUAUCUGCACUUACACAAUGGUGAUCUACUCAUCAGCACUAUGCAAAGACCCAGCAUUUGAGCUUAUUCCAGCUCCGGAAGCCAACAAAAUCGACUGUAGGCGCAUCGUUUCGGAUGAGCAAUAUCAACAGUAUAAGGCUACCCUUCCCGAGGCCGUUGAUGAUAAGACUGAAGCAAUGGCAUUUCAAGGGGUAAAUGCGCAGAUUAAGCUUGGGCAGCAGCGACUCCAUACAGAGGAGGACACUCUGAUUGACAAGACCAAUGUUAUCGGCACCAAAAUGCCCUCUGGUUUUAAGGAGAUGGCCUCUUUGAUCGAUGAGGCGGAAGCAGCUGCUAGGCGUAAACAGCUUGAUGACCUUCUCGCCGAGUUCGACGCAUAUUUUAAGGAAUUGAAGCCUUAUAUGAGCCAGGGCCAAAUUGAGGCUAUAGAACGCAUUGGUAGAUUUGCGGAUAGUAAUGCGGAAAAGAACGAUCAAGCUCAGAACUUGGAAGUAGAGUCGCUUCUAGAAUCAAUUUUCGGAACUUCAGGAGCAAAAGGCAAGGAUGAUGUAAGGAUAGAGGAGGAGGUUGAAUCGAAGUCAAAGACGCAUGUCAGCAAGCUGUCCAGGAAAAACAACAAUAAAAAAGAUAUUAUACAGCUGAUCAAUGAUGCUCUCAUUGAGGAAGAAGAUAAGAAAUUGGCAAGACAGUCUAAAGAUGACGAGGAAAAGAGCAAAGAAGCCGAGUUUUUGUCGAGUGUUGACUUUGCGGCCUUGUUGGAUAUGCUAGAGGGCCCCAAGAGGCCCAAGAGUACUGAGAAAGACGAGGGUAAGGACGAAGAUAAAAGGCAGCGGAGAAAAACAGAGUUGUGAUUGCUUGUAAAUAAAAAUAUAUUUUCGUCCAAUUGUGGCGCGACC